GUCCAUUCUUGGCCAUCGCUACGCCAACACGUACUUUGAUUCUAUGCGCUCUAUUUGAUCUCUCCCAUUUCGCUAUCUAAAUCUGUUACGUGUGUUAUUUCGCUCAUUCCCGUUUCGUGCGUGAGUGUUUCGUUGGGCAGGACGGAUGGCAUGACGUCACGUUUCCCAUGACGAGUAGCCACUUCAGGAAGAAACAUUGCAUCAUUAAAAAUUGAAAAUCAAACAACUCUUUUCGAUCGAAAGAAAAUGUGGCUGAUUCAAUGUCGAUAGCUUUUGAAUUGCUCCAGCUAUUCGAUUGGCGGACUAUCAACUGGCGUGAACUUUUCCCAUUCAACGCUGAUUGGCAUAUCGCAGAAAGUGCAUAAAGAAUUUCUCCAAAAGUUUUCCGGCAAAAGGAGAAGAAUGGAUCUUAUUCUAUAGGCAUUCCAGUUACUCAAGGACCUGUCACUUGUCCUUUUUUGCCCGAGACGCCUCUCAAGUGUCAGGCAUUCUAAAUCGCCUCCUAUAUACAUAUACACAAGCAGUCAAAAGGGGAAAAAGAACAAGCCAACCGCUAACGUCAUCUUGAAGUGCAUCGUUUCAAAUAAAAGAAUUCUCUCGUCGAUCUCGCAACGCCAGGUAAUGAACUAAAUCGGAUCCACAUGAAGAAUCCCAGUCAUCACGUUCGCUAUCGAGACAAUUAAAAAUUCCAUAAAAAGAAAAAAGAAAAAAAAAUUGUGUUCAUUGGUGCAUGGAAAAAACUACAGCGCAUUUCAGGACACCAUGGCAACAAUGACGAUCAUGCUGAAGGCUGUUUUGAUGUUAUUCUUCUGCUUGCUGGCCAUGCUGGCAGGUCCAGUUAAAGCGGAUUGGACGGCCACAUGCACGGCUGGCUGCACGUGCAAAUGGGCCGAUGGCAAGAAAGUAGCCGAAUGUCCAGGCGCUGGAUUCACGACGAUACCCGAAAAUUUAAGCCCCGAAAUUCAAGUGCUCGAUUUGAGAGGCAAUCAGCUGGGCGUGCUGGUCAACCGGGCCUUCUCCUCCGUCGGCCUCCUCAAUUUGCAGCGCAUUUUCUUGCGCAACUGCAGCCUGACGCUGGUGGAAAAGGACGCGUUCCACGAUCUCAACAUCAUGGUGGAAGUGGAUCUGUCGCACAAUCAACUGCACCGCUUCCACCCCGAAACGUUCACCAACAAUGAGAAAUUGCGAUCGCUUUCGCUGAGUCACAAUCCGCUGGAGAAAUUGGAAGCCCACCAAUUUCCUCCGUUGCCCAACUUGCGCAGCCUGGAGCUAGUCAAAUGCCAACUGGAAAUGGUGGACAAGAAAGCGUUUAUGCACCUCAGCAAGUUGGAGACGCUCAAACUGUCGGCCAACAAAUUCACCAACCUCAAGCCGGAAGUGUUUCUGCCGCUCAACAAACUGAAGAGCCUCGAUCUGCAGGAUAAUCCGUGGAAUUGCGAUUGCCGUCUGUUGGCCCUCCGCGAUUACCUGUCCGAGGCUAACCUCAACUCGACUUUGACGUUGUGCACCGAGCCGGAACACUUGAAAGGUAAACCGUGGAGUCGCUUGGCUGCCGAGGAUUUCGCUUGUAAGCCGCUGAUCGACGUUAACGAACCGCAUGUCGAAGGCCGGCUAGGAUUUGACGUCACGUUCAGCUGUCGCGUCAGUGGCAAUCCACCGCCCACCAUCUGGUGGGUCCUUCAAAACCGACAGAUUGUCAACACGACGACGGCGUCGCAGAGCGAGCAGUUUGUCAUCCGCCAGUCGACCCAUCCGACCAAAAUUAAUCCGUCGAUUGCUUCGCUUCACGCCGAACCGCAGCAACCCGAAUUCGAGUAUUGGAGCAACUUGACAUUGCGACGCAUUAGCGAGCAAGAUGCUGGCCAGUACCGAUGCAUCGCCCGCAAUAAAGGCGGUCAAGUGGAUGCCAAUGUUUCAUUGCAAACGCCUCCGGCUCCCGUCACCAUCCUCAUCGAGGAGGAGACGGGAUUGAUGUCGUACACGACGGCCAUCACCUUGGCAGUUGUCGGCGCCCUUGUUUUGCUCGUUGGACUAGUCCUGCUCAUCGUCUGCCUCGUCCGCCGGGUGCCAAAGAGGAAGCAGCCGCAGCCACGCGACGGCAGCGCCGCCAAAUUGAACGGUUCGGCCAAAACGGUCAACGGAAACGGAUCGAUUGCGGCCGUUUCCGAACAGGAGAAAUCUCUGCUGGACAUUGAAAUGGAUCAGCACACGUCGCUGCAAAAUGCCUCGACCGACGGAUACCAUGCCGUCUCUCAAACGGAUAUCGACGCCCAGCAACACAUGCAAAUGCAACUUCAAUUGCGUCAUCAGCAGCUGCAGCAGCAGCAGCAACAACAAAUGCGGAUGAUGCACGGAUCCAACACGUACAUUCCGGGCGAUCGCUACGACACUAGUCGAGUUCCUGAAAGUCUGACAAGGCACUUGAUGAUGUUGGACGGAUGUCAAGUGCAACAAAAUCCCGACGGAUCCUUCUAUCCGGAUUUGCUGGACAUUCCGCACAGAGGGGCCCGAGGCGGCGGAUCACCUAGUACUCAUUCGGGCGCGUCCAAUGAAACGGCCAAUCACCAACAGCAGCAUAUGAUGAUGUCGACGUUGAGUGCCGCUCAACUUGCCGGACAUCCCAGUUACGGCGUGAUUGGUCUCCAUCCGCCGCUCCAGUUUACGGACAGCAGCAGCACGACGAGCAGCACGGCCGUUUUACUUCCAGUCGGAGCCCGACCUGGAUAUGUGACGCUGCCCAGAAGACCUCGACCGAGGAUGCCCAGCUGGGCUAGUUCCCCUCCACCCAUGUCUUCUUCUUCACCCGGACCUGGUUCGUUACCUGCGGAAGAACCGCAACAACCUUUGUACGAUACGAUAGGACCACGUGUGACGGCUGAUGGAUCAUCAACGUCGGCGUUGUCGCUCAACAAAAUUGCCGGCCUGACACCUAAUCCUUCGUCGGGUCUCAGUCCGCGCAUGCAAUCCAGCACGCUCAGCCGAGGGCACAAGAUCUCUCUUCCAGCUUAUUACGUGCCCAUCGAGGAAGUGGAUAUUCCGCCUCCGUCCCCGCUGGUCCAGCAACGACGCGAUCAUCAGCAAAGCACGCCCAACAUCCUAUCGAAUGGUCAAUACGAAGAUCAUCAUCAUCAUCAUCAUCACCGGAUGGGUCGUGAGCCGGUGCUUGGCUAUUUCAACAACAACAACAACAGCAGUACGCCGAUCCGGCGGGCGGAUGACAGCGAGACGCAACAUCUCCUCAACGAUUCAUCGACGCCCACCAGCGCCAACACGUCAUACUCUAACGCGGCGCCCGAGGUGAUUUCCCCCAUUCCGGAUUUCCGCACGGCGGGAAGCCGGGCCAGCGUAUCCAGUCUGAGUAGCAAUACAGGCCUGAGGAGGAAAAUUGCCCCGGCCGUGCCCCCCAAACCGCCCGGAUCAAUAGUUGUCGCUCGGCCGGCGAGUGUCGUGCCCUAUCACGAUGACGUCGCUUCGCCGGCCAAAGUAGCGCCCAAACCGCCACCCAAACCGAAGAAAAGACUUUCGACGACGGGCGAUUCGGUCAAAUUAGAAGAUCUAGAAAAUGGCGGCGGUGAUAGCGGUGGCCAGGCAGCCUACGAAGACGAGGGUGAAGACGGAACGGAAGUUUGAAAUAUAAAUAGGGAAGUAAGAAAAAGAAAAGUGUGCCUUAAAAAAUAAUUUGAAGUUCGUGAGGCAUUCGCCUGCGGGCAAAAAAAGAAUUGACGGAACCAUUUUUGGCAGACCUGGAAAGAGAAAUGCUGGAACAUUGAAACGUUUCAUUUAGUACACACCGUCUUAUUGCAGAUGUGUGUGUACACAUUCUGUGUGUGCGUCUACGUAAUUUUUUUUUGUGUUUAAUUCCAAUUUUUGCAUCAAAAUUGUUUUGAAACCUCCUACACAAAAAUGACCAUUUUUCCUGUGUUUUUCCCGUUUUUUUUUUCUUUUCUUUUCGUUCGUUUAUUAUUAUCAUUUUUCCCUCCUUCACGCGAUGUAUUUUCAUGGUUCUUUAUAGUUUAAACUGUCAACGUGAAAAUAUGUACAUAAAAAUGUGAUGAUAGUGCGGAGCCGGAGAAAAUCCGAUUGAAUCCGAAGUAAAAUUAUUGCGCGUGUACAUAAGACAAAAAAGGAUGUGAGCAGGAAGAGUCAAAAGCUGAAAGAGAAAGUGAGACGUGCCAUCGGUAAUUAUUCUAAGGAAAUGCAAAAACAUUUCCCAUCUUUUUUUUUUUUUCGUUUUGUUUUUUACUUUGAUGCUGUUGUUCCUCCUCUUGCUCCUCCUCCUCUUCCAUUAGAACUUAACUGUAUACAAAAAAAAUACCAUGUCUCUUAUAUCCAUUCCAUCUUGUAUAUUUAGCUCAUUUAAUAAACGUGGAUGUGCUAUAAA